GCAGUUUGGAGACGAAUAGCACAUAGCAACUGGUGACCCACAAAUGGUUUUUCUAUCUCAAUUGACCUGAUGUUUGCCAUUGCUGCAACACGUGCUUCCAGAGUGAUCUUUUCACCAUCCAUCUCUUCCGCCGCCAUCUUCAUAACAACCAGUCCCAUUCCGACCCUCUACCGCACAGUCACCAUGUCUGCCACUCCCGUCUUCUCCAAGGACGCCGCUCCUCCUGCCGGCCCCUACUCUCACGCCAUCAAGACCCCCGCUGCCAUCUACUGCUCUGGCCAGAUCCCCUGCGACUCUGAGGGCAACCUCGUCGAGGGUACCAUCCAGGAGAAGACUGCCGCCUGCAUCAAGAACCUCAAGGCUGUCCUUGAGGCCGCUGGCUCGUCCAUCGAGAAGGUCGUCAAGGUCAAUGCCUUCCUCACUGACAUGAGCAACUUCGCUGCCAUGAACGAGGAGUACUCCAAGUGGUUCACCCACAAGCCUGCUCGCAGCUGUGUUGCUGUUUACCAGCUUCCCAAGGGUGUUGAUGUUGAGAUUGAGUGCAUUGCCCUCCCCUAAAUGCACAGGCAGCAAGCCAGUCAAAACAGGGAAGCAGCGUUGUUUUCGUUAGCUUCUACAAAUGAGAGAUGAGUGAAAUCAACCUGAUGACGGCAUUUGGAGAUUGGCACCUGUGACGUUGAUUCGGCCCACUCCCAACGUUUAACGCUCAUCCGUUCCCCUCCCAAUGAUCUGGCAUCCGGGGGCGCCGCGAUCUCUCGGUUCAGGCCGAUCAGACCGGGACGCGCCAAGCAUGAAUUGCACCGGUCUCCCAUCCGAUUGCUUCUUCAGUCCUGGUUCAUUGUUUGCAAUUGCAUAGACACGUAAAUACCUGCUUGCGGUGAUCAAUGUCAAAUAUGCGACAACAGGUAGUGG